UCUAUCAGGAACUAACGCAUCAAUGGAUCCAACGCAAAAGUUAAAUGCUUUGUGCCCGAAGCGCAAGCCUGUCGAUGAUUGCUUGCAGAAAAAAUCUAAGUCUGGUCGUGUUGAAAAGGAGAAUGCAUCUUCUAAGCCUGCUCACAGUUGCCACAGUCAACCUAAUCUGGCUAAUGAUUGCGUUAAUUACCUGAAAAGUGGAGUGCCAAGUCGUGUUGUGUUCUACAGACAAGGUUCUUGGUGUGAUUUUCCUGACAAAGUAGUGAAAUCUAUUGUUGAUGCAUUCAAAGAAGACAAGUCUAGUGUCGUUGUUGUGAUGGAUGACCAGCCUCUUCUGGUUGAUUUCUUAUCGAUGACCUUGGUGAACCUAAAUACAAGAAAACAACGAUCUGUCGCAUGGCUUGAUGGCACUAACAAGUGGUCUUUUCCGUCUUCAUUCUUUGAUGAGCAAGUUGAUGAAUCCACAAGACUAGGCACCGGUGUUGGUAAAGGUGGUGCACAAGGUGUUCUGGGCGGUAAUGUCAUGAAGCCUCCAUCUGAUGUUGCAAAACAAGUUAUGCUUGAAGCCAGCCCUCCAGUUUUACAGAAUUCUUCUGCUCUGAAUGUAUUGCGUAAGAAGAUUGUACAUGUUGAAAGAGGUAGCGAAAGCUUUAUGUUUGUUCAGAAUCUUUUCCUCUCUGGUAUGGGUUCAUUUGCAGUGCCUAACAACAUUCUUCAUAUUCAUCGGUACUCCCCAAAGGAUAUCACUGCACAAUUUAGACUUGAAGCUUUUGAAAGACAGAUGAGGUUGACAGGACAGAAAUCUGGCACUGCAAUUGCUAGAUAUGGAUGGCUUGGAUCUGGAAAGCAAGACAUCGUCAGUGUUAUAACUAAUGGUCUUCUUAGCACUGAAAAGAUCACUCAUGAGACUGAAAUUGGCGCUGGCAUUUAUCUGUCACCCGAAAACCGUGCCUUCACCAGUGUGGGCUUUUGUGAUGUUGACGAAAAAGGGGUACAGUAUAUGCUGCUGUGCCGAGCCAUAUUGGGCAACACAGGAGUUAUCAAACCAGGUUCACAGGAGGAGUUUCUACGCAUUUAUGAUUCGGGCGUUGAUAAUUGCUCAAACCCAAACUAUUAUAUAAUGUGGCCAUCACAUCUAGGAACGCAUAUUUCUUUGGAAUAUCUUAUAAGUUUCAGGCUUGCUCCAAAAGUUCAAGAGUAUUUUCUUAGCUUGAAGGGUUUGUGGUUGCGCCCACCUCCAAAAGAAGUGAAAGCCGAUCUUUCUAUUCUUCAACCUGUACUGUGCCGAACUAAUGAAGGCCCAACCUCUCCAUGGAUCUCAUUCAGAGUUCUCUUUGAAGCAAUUCAAGACAGUAUAUCGUGUUUAGCAAGGGAAUUGCUCUACCGCCACUAUGAGGAGUUGAAGGAAAAUAAGAUUACUCGUGAUGAAAUGGUCAAGAGAAUGAUGAUAAUAGUUGGAGAGGAAUUACUUCUGGAUACCUUGACGAAACUUAAGUACAGUCCAUCACUAUGGUACAACUCUUCUGAAAAAAUGGUCAGUUCUCCUACAAGUAGAACACCGGAAUCUGUCUCCAUUUGGACAAGAAAUAUGGAUGUUGAGUCUGCAACUCCUAGCCAUGACUCUGACGUAUCAAGACCAACACAUGGAAACUCCUCAUCUCCCAGUAUGGAAGGCCUACAUUCUGUUGCGCCAAGUAUGACAACUGAAGCCCAGGGAUCCCUUGUGCCCAGUAGGGAACACAGAUACUCAUCAUCAACAGAUGCUCAGGGCAUUGUUGCUGCAACUCCAGGCGUAGUGUGUCAAGCCCCUCAGUUAUCUGCAGCAAAAAGUAUGGAGCCUGAAAUCAGUGCACCAAGAAGUAUGGCACCUUAUCUCUCUCCGCCAAGAAGUAUGGCGCAUCACCUCCGUGGUAAGGCAUUUCGUGAGCUCGGUGCACCAAGAAGUAUGGCACCACACCCAGGCUCUGCGCCAAGAAGUAUGGCGCCUCACCUCCGUGGCAAGAUGCCCGAAGUUCCUGCAAAAAUCACCAUGCCUGAAGCCCACCAUUCCAGUGCAGCAAACGUGGUCCCUGUGAUCUUUGAACCUCUGUCAUCAAGUCCUUUACCAAAAGAGAAGAGUGUUGUUACGUCACGCAAUGAGUGCCUAACACCAAGUUCAGCUCGGCAAGGCCCUGAUUGUCCUUCAAAUUUGGCAACUACACAGUGGAACACUCCCAGCCAGAAGAAUGUGGCUCCAAAGCAUCCAGCAGCACAAUGUGGAGAAAACAAGAACUUCCCCAGAACAGGUGUUGAUGAGAGUAGCACCAUCGCGUAUGCAGCAGGUACACUCGUCACACUGUCGGCUGACGGCAAGAAAGGCACGUAGAAGAACAAAAUCCCACUGUUUCAGUGAUCAUGUUCGUUCUGAAACUCAUACCCAUAUGUGUGGUGUGAUACUACCUGUUGUCAUGUGGAUAUGCACAUGAACAACUGCUGUUAGCCCAUUAACCUGGCAGGUAUCCUGUCAUGCACGAACCAGUAACUCGUCCGCUUCUGCUUAUGUGGUGCGAAUUUUGCCUUGUCGAGUCCAACGGUUAAUCUGCGGUGGUCAACUAG